AUGAUUGUGUUUAAAACUCAGUAUAUUCCAUCGUUCUUUUUCCCUUUCCUCACUUCCUCAUUUAUCUCUUUCGCUCCCCAUUCUUUUAAUAAAACUCCUUGUUUUCUCUUUCCAGUUUUUCUCUCUUUCUCACCCUCACAUCAAUUCACUUACUUUUAUUGUACCUUUGCCAUUUUUGAGGAGGUUCACUUCUUCUGUUCAUUUAUUCUUCACCACCACUUUUAUUAUAAUAUUCGUAUUUACACACUUAAAACACUCUCUAUCUUUAUCAUUAUUACUCUCACCAUUAUAACCCUAACUAACGUUCAUAAAAUAAGAAAAAUAAAGCAAAUUACACUAUAA